AUGAACGUUGAGCAAUACGAACGAAGAUGGUCCCGCAACUGCAAGCUCAAUUCCUCAAUUGAUCCAAGUUGGACGAAGAAAUUUGAAUUACCGAUUGAAUCCGUACCUAACAUAAAUUCAUAUGCACCAGUGAGGAACAGCACCAAUGGUGAGCCAGUGGCCCAAAUUAGCCAGACUCCGUCAAGAGUGCUGCUGCGCGCACGUAUUACUUUGAAGCAAGAGCAUUUACAGGGAGAUAGUCGGAAUGGGAAAUUUCUGAAUCACUACGACUGA